GGUCUUUAUUUUAACUCAUAUAUGAGGUCACGUCAUAUUUCCAAGUGAUGACUUAAUUAAAUUAAUCAGGUUAAUAAUGAGGUAAGUCAGGUCACACAUGCAUUUCUAUGACUUUCUACUGCAGCUGGGUGGAAAACUGUUGGGGCUGACUGUUUCCUUUUCCUGUUUUGUCCACUGGGUGGAGUUAGUUAGUGUGGUCACACUCACCUGUGUCUCUGUGAUUAGUCUCAUUGCUGUCACCUGGUGCCCUGGGCAUUCACCUCUCUCCCUCACUCUGUUUUGGUCAGUGUUUUUUGCCGUGUUUGUACUUCAUGCCUCGGAUUUUAUGAUCUGGAACGGUCCAAGCCGUGUAGUUUAUGCCUUGUUCCUGCGACCAAGUCAGAUGGAUUCCCCCAAAUGCAAACAGUUACAACUGUCUGCUUCGACUGAAAGUUUCUCCUCCCCUGGAUGUUGCCGAUGUGCAAAAUAAAAUAGUCAUGGAACUCAGCAUACCCUACGAUGACCCCGGCAGUCAGUGGCAGCUGCAGACUGAUGAGGACAGCAUACACACCACAUCAGUUGAACGCUUUGGUUAAGUUGUGCCCAGCAGCCCUCCAACCACAACAAAACCCACCACAUCUUCUUCUACUGCUCCUUCUACCAGCACACCCAAAACUACUUCCACCAGCACCAAAACAAGCUCUGCAGGCGUCUCUGAGCUGUACUUUGAGGUUAGACUGAACGUGUCUCUAACAGGAGACCACAAUCCGGAGUAUAUUCUGGGCACUUGGCUCAGCGUCUGUUUACCCGAUGAAAUGACGGUACUCGAUCUUCAGCUGCUCCCCAGCCCACAGAGGUAUCUCCCAAUCCUCCAGUCUAAACUCCGUUACUCUGAUGAGGUGUUCAGAGUGGGAAAUUACAGGGGGGGCUGUGUUUUCCAGGUUCGUGUCAUGUCACAGUCUGACAGUCAGGAGAUGGAGGAGCUGAUGAGGUCCCUGCUCCUGUUGCCGUACAACAACGGCUCCAUCAGUGUGGAGACACUGGAUGUUCUCAUAACACGCAUAUUAAUAGUGAGUUGCAAUGCAGAAUCUCACCACACCAGAAAAGGCCUGUUUCUGUGGCCGGCUACAUCAGGAGGACAAAAGGCUAGUCAGCGCUGUCCGAAAAACCCUCUCCAUAACGGCACCAGACACUGUAAACUGAGCCUGAGUACACACUGGAUGGACCCCGACCUGGAUGAGUGCACUCUAGUGGUGGAAACUAUCCCCGAUCUGGAACAUAUCGAAGUCAUACCUGACAACGCUCUGGACGUGGUGGAGAUGAUAACAGAUUUACUGAGGAACCUCUCUGCCAUCGACUACGAUGAUCUUUUCACGGUCCUCAACAAGCUGAAAGAUGUUGUUAACAUAGGGGUCAUUACACCAAGCCUGGGCCAAGCUAUAAUUGACAUCAUAUCUGUCCUACUGGAGACUCAGAGCAACCUUCUGCCUUUUACCAACAAGAUUCUGAACAUCACAGAAACGAUUGGAGACAAGUUGGUGGGAUAUAACGGUUCCUCCACUCUGGUUGCUCCAGGCAUUGCCAUUGCAGUGCUGGAUGUAGUUCCUCCGCUGUUUAGCACGCUGACGUUUGGAGUGUCGUCCGAUCUCACCGGCUUGAGGCCUGAGAUUUUUAUCAACGUGUUCCCCACGAGUGACACGGUGGCUUUCAUCUCCCUGCCGUCGGUCCUACAGCAAAGAUUUCCGACAAACAGCGUGGACCAGAGCUCCCCAAGAGUUCAGUUUCAGUUUUACGGCAUACCCAUGCUCUUUAAGAGCAGCCACCGGAGUCAGAUCCUCAACACGUUUGUGGUGUCGGCCAGUGUGACCAACGCCAGCUCUCCCAUCAAAGACCUGGACGAGGACGUCGAAAUCAGGCUCCACCAUCUCACGCCUCACACACUUCACAAGGACGUGCAGUGUGUGUACUGGAACUUUAAUAAAAACGAUGGACAAGGAGGAUGGGACAACCACGGCUGCAGGACACACAAGAGCAGCUCCAGCUACACAACGUGUCUGUGUGAUCAUCUCACACACUUCGGCGUUCUACUGGACGUCUCCAGGACUCAGUUGGAUCCAGUUCAUGAGCAGAUCCUCACCAUCAUCACCUACGCAGGCUGUGGAGUCUCCUCCCUGUUUUUGGGAGUUACUGUCCUCACCUACACAGUUUUCGACAAGCUUCGUCGAGACUAUCCCUCUCAGAUCCUCAUCAACCUGUGCCUGGCUCUGCUGGGUCUAAACCUCCUGUUCCUGGUCAACUCCUGGUUGUCCUCCUGGGGUCUCCACGCCCUCUGUGUCGCUGCAGCUUUCGCGCUCCACUACUUCCUCCUCGCUUCAUUUACCUGGAUGGGAUUAGAAGCCGUGAACAUGUACUUCGCCCUUGUCAAAGUCUUCAACGUCUAUGUGCCUUCCUACAUCCUCAAGUUCUGUGCUCUGGGAUGGGGGCUUCCUCUGAUGAUCUGCAUCCUAGUGCUCUGCGUCAACACAGACGCCUACGGCGGUAACCUGUACACGGGUGCUAAGGCCUGGUCGAACAUACUGGACAACUCCGUUGACUUCUGCUGGAUCCAGGAUGACGUGGCCUUUUAUGUGUCUGUUGUUAGCUACGCUGUACUCAUCUUCCUCUUCAACAUUGUGGUUUUUGUGGUGGUUCUGAUCCAGAUCCGUCACAUGCGAGCCAACAGUCCUGCAGGAACUCGCAGUGGACUGAUACAGGACCUGAAGGGCGUGGCCAGUCUUACCCUGUUGCUCGGACUCACCUGGACUGUUGGGUUCUUCACCUGGGGUCCAGCCAGAGUGGUUCUACUGUACGGGUUCGCUGCACUCAACACCCUCCAAGGACUUUUCAUCUUCCUCUUUCACUGUCUGAUGAAGGAGAACGUCAGGAAACAGUGGAGGAUUCAUCUCUGCCUCGGCCGCUUCAGACUGGACGAGUACACUGAGUGGAGUAACUCAGCCUCGGCUGGAGCCGCUGCCAAGCCCAAAUUAAAUCCUCCAGGAAAGUCGCUGCCAUCGGUCCACUCUGUGAAGUCCAACUCCACAGAAAGCACAUCUGCGUCCUCUGACUCCAGCCAGAGAGGGACUUCCUGCAAGAGACCAAACCUAGGCCUUCUCGUCAAUUCCCUGGUCCUUCCUCGAGCUCAGAGGAACCCCACAGACACCGGAGGUCCGCCUUCACACAGGGACAUGUAUCCAACAUCUGGCUGGAGCAGGCACUUGCUGGACCAGUAGGGACAAAGAUUGAAUGCACAACA